UACUUCGGUCUAACACUCAAAGUGAAAUAUAUGCACGAAGUUGUAAUGCUGGCAACUGGACCCCAAACCAUUUCGUACCACUUUUAGCUGUACGAGACGACACUAUACUGCAAAAUACUUUUUCGUCGGCGGAUGUCGCCUUUUCGAAUACCACACCAACGAAAUCAACAACGAAGAAUGCCGUAUCGACUCCAGUGCGUGUUCCACGUUUUAUUGACCUAGAUCAUGGAAUGAGUGCAUCACCAAAAUCUUCAACGUGCUCUGCUGACUCAAAUGGUACAUCAAGCUACAAGAUUAAACGGAAAGGCAAGCAUAUGAAGGGUGACGAAAGCAUCGAAGUCCAGACGGUCGAAAAUAAACGAAUAUCUGCUCAAGAAAGAAGUGCCACUCGAAGAGCUGCAUUAUCGCCUACCCAGAUAGAACGACAGCGUACUCUUGAUCGCAAGAGAAAAGCAGCUAGUCGAAUCGCUAUGACAUCCGAAGAAAUCGAACGUGAACGCGAACUUGCUCGCGAAAGAAGUGCAGCUAGAAGAGCUGCUUUAACACCUGAAGAAAUUGAGCGAUAG